CCAUUAUUGUGCUUGCAGCUUUUCUCCACUUCCUCGCACUUUCGGUGCACAUGUCCUGGUCCGCUGUGGCUGACUUGUCUGUUUCGCGUCUUCCCGGCUUCUAUCCCUCCAGACUCGCACGUCCUCCGCUUUUCCUACACUUUUCGAUGUUUUUCCUUUCGUCUUCUUGUGCUGAUCUCUCCUGUCAUUUGCCUAGGUUCUGUCUCGCGUUUCUUUCUCGCUCCUCGCUCGUGACGCCACUCUCUUCCGUCGUGUCUCCGUUCCGUUCCGCCGCUCUGAAACUUUUGUUCUUGGCUCCUCUCUGGCUGCCUGCUUCCUUUGAUGCUUUUCUGUACUCGUCGAGCCGUUCUUCGCCUCGCUGUCGUCCCCAUCCUCCUCCUGUGGUGUCGGUUUCACUCCACACAGCAGCACGAGACAUUCGAGCGGCCGCCGUCUUCCUUCUUCUCUCUUGCUUCCCGUCUGUACUUCCUUCCGGGUAUCCAUGCGCUUCUUCUCGCCGAGUGUCUGAGCGUCUCUGAAUUUGCAGGACAAUGAACGAUUCGUCCCUGACUUGGGAAAAUGGCGUCGAUCUCUUCCUUUCUCAAACGAAAAGUGAAGGAUCGACUUUCGUUGCUGGACGCGGCGCUCGAGGCAGACACUCUGGUGACGCGUCUGAAGGCGAGCCUCUCUCGGCUCUUCGAAGGUCAGGAGCUUCCCGGCCCGCUGCCUUCUCUCUCGCCUUUGCCGGACUCUCCGCGAAGCCGCGCCGGUUCUGCCUCUCCUCCAGAAUCCCAGAGAGUCUCCCUUGAAACGGAGAGGAAGGGUGCGGAGGCGAAGGAGAGAACAGAGCCUCCGCCUGAGAAGGGCGACGAAGGCCCUUCCAAGCUUCUCGCGUCCUCAGGCUGGAGUCAGACCAGGUGCCCACCGCCUGCGCAUGCAGGUCCCUCGCUCGUGUCUCCGCUUCCCGUGGAUGCUCUUGAGAAAUUUCAGCAGCUCCUGCACCAGCUCCUUCUCCUGUGUCGCCAACAGAAGGCGCUGGCCUUGCAGGCGUCUCAUAAGAAGCUCUCGACCCAGACUGCCUCCUCGACUUCCUCAGGCAGCGGCGCUGGGGGCGAGGCGCAGGUCGCAGCGAAGGGCCCUGGCCCAGGUGACGAGGAGAGGGCGGCGUUCGGGGGCCUCUGCACCUCGCUGGUGACGCAUCCCUCGGGUCUGCGCGUCCUCUGUGCCUGUCUUCAUCUCGGUAAGGCGUAUUCAGACAAGUCCGCCUCUUCUGCACAGCUUGCCGCUGUCGCGUCCAUUCUACAAGAUGCGCUCGAAAUCCUCGAUCUCCUCUUUGCUGCGCAUGCACCCACGCCUCUCGGGCGAGCCGGCCCCGGAGCCCCCGGGCGUCCAGGCAGGGCCGCCCCGCGUGUGGUACGUACACCGCAGCCAGGGACAGGAGACAUGAGUGCAAACGAGGCUGAGAAGCCGCGAGGAUGCUUCUCGCCAAAAGACGGGGUCGACUGGCGCUGCGGCGAUGAGGCUGACCUCGACGAGACGUCGAGUGACGGAGACUCGGACGCAGACGAGGAAACGGCAGAAGGCGAGGAGGACGUGGAGGAACGGAACCGCGGGACUGUGAGUGAAAUCAAAGGAGCACUCCCAACGAAGAGCAAGGAGAAAGCGCAGCGGGCAUCCGACGCCUCGCCUGGGGUGUAUUUCCAGCUCAUGGACAGCGUGAUGCGCCACACAGAAAACGGCAGCCUCGUCGUCUCGCUCUUGCUGCUACCUGAGGUGUACAUCGAGCACGACGUCUUGCUCGUGCUGCAGAAGCUGUACAGCUUCGCGGACGACACGCGGCGUCGAGGCAGAGAGGCGGCGCGUCGGAGACGGCGAGAAGCAGAGAAGAGGGAAGAGGCACUGGGAGAAGAACAGACUGUCGACGCCGUGAUGCCUCCUUGGCUUUCCUCCGAUCGCUUCCGGCGCUCACGGCCUUCACAUCGGCCGCUCGGAAGACCGCGCCGCGACGGGAGAGAAAAAGCACGCGGCGGACAGCGGCAACGCGAUGGGGAAUUUCUCGACCUCGAAGAAAGGGGGAGUACUGUGUGCCAACAGCUGGAAGAUGCCCUCCUCAACAGACCCGAGUGCAUCGCGCGCCUCACCGCGGCGCUGCAGGAAGGCGGCGCAGCCGAGUUUGUCAGGGAAGAGGCCCUUGAAGUUCUCAGGAUGGUCACGCGAAGGAGAGAAGAAAUGAAAGUGAUUGCAACGUUCCAGGGCGCCAUUGAGGCGCUGCUUUCUCUUCUGUCGUCCGAGCUCGGUCUACCCCUUUAUGUGAGUGAAGACAGCCUGACUUCCCCCGCCAGCAGCGGGCAGAGCAGUCGGACUAGCCUCCAACAGCCGCCGCUUGAGACGAUGCAGGUGCUGCUGAGUGCGCCGCGCGUCCGCUCGAUUCUGCGGUGUAUCUACAGCUUGACGAGUUGCGGACCUGCCUGCAAGUACAUGCGCGAGGCGAAUUUGCUGAGGCCGCUGGUCCUGCUUCUGCAGCUCCUCCUGCGCGCGAAGGAGGAGCACGUAAAGCGCGCUGGGCGUCUCGGGAGACAGACAAAUGCGUCCGUCGAUGCGCAUCCCCAAGAGGGUGAAACGCAUGUGGCGAACACGCUUUCCCCAGACCCGAACAUCUCAAACAGCCACCCCGCGGCAGCCUCUGGAGGCCUCUUGGGGUCAACAGGGAUCCCCCAAUCGGGUGUACGUACAUCCGGUGCGGCGGGCGACGACUCCCUACGAGGUGAAGGUGCGCGCCCGGGAGAGUUUCACGUGGCUGUGGCGACUGCUCUCGACGAAUCACUUUUUCUGCUUCUUGCAAUCUUUGGGAAUUUCUUUCCGUAUCCAAAGAAACUCGAUUCUUUUCCUGUUUCUGCCGAAGAAGCCGUGGCGGCCGCGAGCCUCCAACCCCUGCACCGACGCGUGCAUACAGUCAGGCUCCCGAAGUGGAGGCAGGAAGCGAGGUGGACGGAAGCUGAGGUUCGAGGGAACCAAGCGGCGCUGCGUCGGAGUGGGGUGCUGGACUUGAUCGCUCAACACGUGGCGAAAGUGUGCCAUUCUUUGUCUUUUUUCUCGCAAGCUGAUCACGUUUCCUCUCCGCUCAUCGCGCUCGUUCCGAACUUAUGUCGCCUCUUCACGCGACUCUUCCAGCUCCUCCUCGCGCUCCUCGCCGAGCCGCGGCGCCCGCAGGGACGUCAGGGCGCGUCAGAAGCUGCGGCAGACUCCGCCGCUGCGCAAAUGCUUCUGACGCCUUCUUCGCCUCCGGACGCAGCGUCAGCUAGUGAAACUAGGGGCGGCGACAGACACAGAGAGCUGCGGCAAGCGGAGAGUGGAGGCCCCCCACCCUUUUACUGUCUCGCCUACGCAGCCCUGCAAGGCGGUGCGCCUCCCGUUUUACAGGCGCUGUUGACUGUCUCCGUCGAUGUGAUCGUCUCGUCCUUUCCCGCAGUCCAAGAACACAUUCUGGAAGGGUGUCUUGCGGCUUUCGGAGGCUCGAGCGCGGCGAUGCCGUCACUCGCCUCCAUCCCUGGGACGCCAGGGCCUUCUAGCGAGUUGCGGACUCCAGAUCUUGCUUCUGCACUGCCUCCGACCUUCUGUCCGUCUCUGCACGACUCCUCCGGUCCAUGCUCACCUGAGCUGAGGUCCGAGGGAGACUCUCGAGACGAGCCGCCGCCGCUGCAGAUUCUGCCCCCAGGCGUCGUUCUCGCGGCCCUCCUGCAGUGGGCCUUCCGGCGAGGUGUACGUACAGCCGAAGCCGCGCGACUCGCGGAGGCGGCGGCGGGAGUUCUCGCUGCGGGCGCCGUGUCGGGCAGCGCAGCUAGCGACGAGACGCGUCGGGUGUCUAGACGCCAGGAGGAAGAGGAGGGGGGGGAAGAGCCUAGGGGCCUCCUCGUCGACGAAGCUUAUCGGGCGUCUUGGCGGUGGCACCAGGCAUGUGUGGCCAUGCGUUUUCUCGCAUUUGCGCUGGGGGGCAAUCCUCGGCUUUCUCUCGUUGCAUGUACGCGACCUCUGCCGUCUCUGGGCGAACGUGGAGAGACUCGGAAGCCGCUGCUUUGGCAGAUCGCGGCUGUGCUUCUUCCUGCUCUCUCGCGCUGCUGCCGAGAAGAAGUUUCUCAUCCGUGUGGAGGGAAACGACCGCCGGCAGGAGUGGCGAGCGGAGACGAAGAGACAGUCGCUCUGCUCCACUUCUUCUGUCGCACUCUGGAGCUGCUUCUCGCUCUCCUUCACUCUGACCGCCUGUCGUCGUCUCGGUUCACCUUCUUGAAAACUCCCGAGACGGCUCAGACAUCCAACGGUCCAGAGUCGUCUGCUUUGUCUCUUUCAUCUGGGGACGCUGUCGCUCUCUCCCUUUCCUGGCUUCUUGCUUCCUCGCUUUCCCUUCCUUCUCUGUUGCUGCUUCUCCUCCGCCGGAGGUCUAGCGAUACGUCGCCCCCGAAGAUGGAGACACUCACGGAGACACCCCACACGCUGACGGAGACACCCCGCACGCUUCUCGACGCGGCCGCGGCUCUGGUGCUCGACCGGGUUGUGUUCACGCUGGACUUUUUUGCAGAACUCGAAAUCAAACAGGAGACAGAGACGCGCGUUUCUGCCGGGUCUCAGGGCGCCGGGGGCCGGGGCAGAGGUGGCGGUUCCUGGAGAGCCUGGAGACGGAGGCCGCGCGAAGAGCGAGACCGGUCGCUUGGCGCGGAAGAGGGAAGGUCGGAAGGUGGGGAGAAGCUGAAGAGGGAGAACUCUUGUCCGGUCAGGCGGAUGCUGCAGCUCCAUCCACAGCUGCAUGCGUUCUUCGCAGACUGGAGAGACACCGGCGCAUGCGUGCAUGCACAGUCGGGCGAGGCGCGGGACGAGGGAAGCAAAGAGGCAGAAGCAGAACGAGUAGCUGGCAAGAGACAAGGAGAGGAAGAGGAUGGAACAGAGGGGGUGUCCGGCAGAGGGGAGGCGCGAGUAUACGAGAAAGCAGACGGCGCGAGAAAGGGCCUUGCACAUAGAGCAGAGGAAGCGAAGAAGCUUCUUGUUGAAGUUCUGGGCGUCGAGCAAGUCGCCGCGAAAGUGCAGAAACUCCAGGUCGACCCAGUCUUCCGGUUUUCUGCUCCGUUGCCAGUCGCCUCUUCCUUCUUUCCCUCUCUGGCAUCCCGAAUUCCAACCCGACGUUCGUUUUGCUCCUCCGAAAGUGGCGCCUCUGGCGCGUCCGCCGCGUCUUCGCCGGCUGCAGGCGCAGGUGCAGAAGAGGUCUUCUUAGCAGCAAGAGUUCCAGCUGCUCUCUAUUCUCAGACGCUGGCGACGCUGGAGGCGUCUCUCGAAGCCGACUGUAGAGAAGCUGAGAAGGAAAGAGGCACCUAUGCAGAGCCUUCUUUCUGCGCACCGUCAUGGCUCGCAAGCGGACAGGCAGAGCGAAUCGACAGAGUCGGGGACCGAGGUGUCAUCUUGCCGCCUGCCGCCUAUCUCGCGCUCCGGCCCUGUCUCCCCUCCUUCUUCGCCUUCUUCCUUCUCCCGAGAGAAACGGCUGUUCUGAGAUGCUCAGCAGUGGGCGCCGAGGCCAGGGGCCUACGCAUGCUGCUCGCUGUCUCAGGAAAACGUCUUGAGAGGUCGCGGGCAGGCCGUGUUUCUCUCAAAGAAGAAAGCCAAGAUCUCGACGAUGUGACGCGUGAAGAGUUCGAGGAAUUUCUUCUCUUCCAGGAAGAAUCGAUUGCGGAGCUGAGAAGAGAGAACGCCAGACUCGCGCUUCGCACAGCGAAGCUUCAAGACGCGUUGGAUCCCAGGCGAGAGGCGCUCGUUGCUCAGCUACAGCGAGAGACCUCUCUUCUCCGCGCAGAGCUGGAACGUCUUCUGAAGGAGAAGAGUCUUCUAGCAGAACGACUCGCGGGCGAGAGGCGCCUGGCAGCUGCUCAGCUCGAAGACCAGCAGCGACAACUGGAAGCAGUUGUUGUGGGAUUUUCGCAACUCGAAGAAGAGCUUCAGACUCGCGAGGAAGAAAUCCAGUCGCUGAGGGCUGAGCUGGAGAGCCAGAAAGCAGCGGUCUACCGCGAAGACAGACUUCACGAAACGCCAGACAGGGGCGUCUGUGGAGAAGACUCAAGUGCAGAGACGGCGGAGAGAGUGAAGAGUACUGCGGCGCUGGCGACUUGUCGAGAGGAGCUUUUGAGUUUGCAAGAGAAACACACUGAGUUGCUCGCUCUCCUGGACCUCCUCGUCCACCGGGUCCCGGAGUGUCUGCAGUUCGUCUGCAGCCUGAGUGACUUGCCGUGUCGGUACACCCGCGAGUUUCGAGCCCUGUAUGAGAAACAGGCGGACGAGCUGCCUUCUCUCCAGAGUGUCCAGAACUGUGAAAGCCUGCGAGGCUUCCAAUCACUCCUGCCCUCUUCGACUUGCGCGCCGGCGCUUCGCGAGCGUCCGCAAGCCCCCGUAUGCACGGCGUCGGGCGUGGAUGUCUCGUCGAGCGAGGCGAGUCUCGAGAGAGCGGGAGCGCGAAGCGAAGGUCGUCCAGAGCCAUCGUCGCGCUUCGUUUCGGGAUCGCCAUCGGCCUUUGCGUCUUCCUUUUCACUGGAGUUCUUCCCCUCUUCCGCAGAUCCCCGGAGAGCGCCCGAACAAGCCUCGUGCUUGCACUGGGAGAGCGAUCGACCUUGGCAAGACGCUGCGCUCAGCUCUGAAGGCAUUUCUGGUUCGGCGGAGCAGAGCUUUUCAGGUGGCCGACGCGAACUCGAACGCAGAGAAGACAUUCGAGAGGAUCCCGAGACGUCUUUCUCACGGCUGUCUUGCCAUUCGGGAGCGACGUCGCCUUCCUUUCCUCCCUCGGCUCACCGCGGGGCCUUCUCAGAGGCGUCUCCUCAAGACGAGACAACUCGAGAAACUCCGACGCAGAUCCCCAGUGCGUCCCUUCCUUCUUCCUCUCCUUCCUCGCCUUCUUCCUCUGCCUUUCCCCACUCGGCGUUUACAGCCUCGCCCGCCUCGGGGGUUCCAGGAACUGCAGAGGCUACGGCUCUCGGAGUGGAGAGUUCACUGGCUCUCGUCGGCCAUGUCCUUCGCGCGCAGCCUGGGGGUGCCGCGGCCGCGCCUGCGUUCGGCCCUCAGACGUCUCAAGCGGCUUUCCUCAACCCACACGGAGGAGACAUGCAGGCCGCAGAGGGGAGUGGCAACAUCCCGAAGUCCUCCGCGCUCUUCGGUGGCGGAGACGCGAGGAGGCAGGAGACAGAACGGGCGACAGAGCGGGAAGGAACGACGAGAGAAGGGAGCAAGCGGGUGUUCGAGAGCCAGAGUGAAACGGGAGACGAAGGAAGCGAGGAUGUGAGAACUGCACCGAGUCCAGGAGGAGAAGGUUUCUCACAGGUCCGUGAAGAACAUGGCCGUCUCGAGUCUGCUAGAGAGGGGGGAAGAGCCGUUUCUCUCGAAGACGAGAGAACAAAGAGGGAGCAAAGAGCGGGGCAUGGCGCAGAACGAUUCCAGGGACAAAACGAGGGCGCCCGGAGCGUGGCGGAAGACGCGAAAGGAAUUCUAAAUGGAACGUCAACGGAACAACAGGAACCGAGACUGGGCUUCCGCAGCCGACUCUCGCGCAUCCUCUGGGCGGGGGUGACAGGCGACGGAGACGGCCGAUACAGCGACUCGGAACCGCACCAGGGUGGGCAGAGAAACGCGUCUCUUGACAGAAGAGACGAGCGCGAAACAAAACAGGGAGUCGGACGGUUGCUUCCAACGGAUGAACCGACAGAAGCGAGAGUCUCAGAGACGGACGGCGAAGAACUGUCUCUGCCGGUAGGAGGAGAGAGAAGAAGAGGAGCGCGUGGUGGGGGGAACACCGAUGCCAACAUUGCUCGAAGCCACGAAGCAUGUGGAGGAGAAGCGGCCGGAUUCGACAGCGAUGGAAAGGCAGAACGGAGGGGAGAAGAACCGGCUCGCCCCGGAGAGGUGUAUGUCUGCCAAGAUCGUCGCGGUCAAACGUCUCAACAGGAAAGAGAAAAAGGAGUAAACGACGUAUGCGCUGUACGAAGAGACCUGUUCAGCGGGUCUCAAGAUGGAGACACCCACAAGCCGAGAGACAAUGGAGGCGACGGGGGAGUGGGUUCCCUGUUUGAUACGUCCCCCGCGAUUGGAGAGCAACAGAGAGAAGCUGCAUGCGUCGGCGAAACAGCUGUCUCGUCGCACGCCAAGGCUCAGAGUCAGCUUUUCCAGACAGCGACAGGGAAUCCUGAGACUGCGGCGUCUCUCAGCGAAGCUCGCAGUUCUUUCCAGGAACCCCUAGCCGGCAGUGGCGAGGAGCUGGCCAAGGGAAUGCGGGACUUGGAUUCGUUGCCAUGCUCAGAAGCUGGAGGAGGCGCGAGAGAGGCUCCGGAAGCUGAAGAUGUCUCUGUGGGUGCGAGAGUGCGAGAGGCCGUGGAUGCUGAGGUCGCUGUUGGAGUGCCUGAGGGAGGUGAAAAAGCUGAGGAAGAAACGCUAAAGCGAAAGGAAGUCGAAGCGGGAAGACAACAGACUCAAAGCAAAGCAAACGGAGGAGACACACAGCAAGGCGGAAAUCAAGAAAUGAUGAGUUACGAAGACUACCUCGCAAUGAUUCAAGGCGUCGAUGAGAGACAACUAACUCCGCAGCAGUUAGCGGAGUGGAGAAACUACCGAACUCAGUGUGAGGCGUUCUUCGCCUACCAGCGGCAGUACGCUCAGUGGCAGCCACAGGCGUAGGCGACGGACGAGAAGAGAAAAAGUGAAGCGGAAACCGAGAGGAGAACGGGAGUAGGGAGGAGAGCAAGCAGGAAAGCGAGGCUUGAAGAAAGAACUUGACAAGGGAGAAGACGGAACGCCGAUGAUAGGGGGAAGGAGAGAUCGUGGGGGGGGGGGACCGCAGGUGCGAAGCAUGCGGGGAGAAACGACGACGAGAGAGGCAAGAUUGAAGAGAGAGAAAUGUGCAGCGGGACAGAGAAAACGAGUACCGCGAGGGUGGACUGAUCGAACAGCUGAGGAAGAAAAAUUGGUAAAUUUGUUGAACACUUUGCUGUCCCGAGGGAAAUCCACCGUGGAAAAGGUGGGCAAGGGCGAGAGGUCAGAAGCAGAGCAUGAGCAGUCGGAAGCGGUGAAAAGAAGAGGCAGACGAGAAAGGAGAAGAAACUCAUCUUUGUGACGAAACGAACACACGGGGAAGGGGACCGGGGAUUUAAAAAGUAUCGUUGUGGUAACAACGUUUUCCGCAAAUUCUGGCCUUCAACUCCCUUUAGCUCUUUGCUGUGUGAGCGUUACUGCCUCGAUCUGGAAGUGGAACAGUAGAGUAGGGUGGGCAUUGGGUUAGAGCAAGGCAAAAACGCGAAGCAAUAUAACGUGGACAAGAGACGCCUUGCUGACCUCAGACACAAACGCUCGAAUUUGCCAACGGGCAAGGACCCACGCUUGCCUCGAUACAUUGCGUGCAGAAAAUAAUGAAGUUUACUUUUUCCAUCUGGUUCGCGUCUUGUUGAAGUCGCCUUUUCGCCCGCUUCCGUCUUCGUCAACCACGCCGGACAGCGACCUAGC